GUUUCCCGCCUGCUAUUUGCUCAGUCAAUUACUGCUUAUACUGUGAAGUUUGCGGAGGCGUGGACCCACCUCCAGAUGUUCAAAAUAGUGAAAAAAUCCUACUGUAUUAAUCAUGUCACCUUUGUUACCAGCAUUCGUUCUCGGGUUUGCCUUACUUGCGAACGACUGCAGUGGACAACGCUUUCUGCGAUUGACACCGCCGAAGAACGCUGAGUCGAGUAUUGGAUUCGAUAUCGAGGUGCGCAACAACAAUGGUCUUGACAAAGCAGGUGGAGACACCAGUACCAAGAAGUGCCUGGCCGCAACUACCACAGAUGCUGGACGGGAAGUGGAAGAUGCUUCGUGUCAUCACGGUGCGCACUUGUUGCACACUUGGCGUUUCCAUGGUGUACGGGCACAAGUGAAUUGGUGGGCAACCAAAGAGGCGUUUGGGAAUUACCGCUUCACAGCGCACCCGCGAUCGAAAUUCGUUCCACUACUUGUUGGGCAAAACAGUGAUGCGGAAUAUGAGAAGGUGGACUCCAAGAAGAAGAAGCCACGAGGCAUAGCAGAGUCGCAAUCGUUACCUCCAGCAAGUCUGUCAGUAUCCGGAGAACUGAUCGUCUACA